AUUCAAUAAAAUGAGUACUCAUUUUAUUUUUCUUACAAAUUAAAGUUACAAAUUUAAAUCUUAUUUUUAUCCAAUAUAUUUUUGUAGUAAUACUAACCUAACAACACACAACCAGCAAUAACUCAUCACAUGAUACAAUACUAUUUUUAAAUGGCUAAAUAUACAUUUAUACAUACCUACUGUUUUGUUGGUAACUAUAUACUUAAAAUUUUAGUUAAUUAAUAUGAAUAGGAGUAUAAAAUAGCUUUAGUUGGAAUAUAACUUCAUUAUUUUCUCCGUUAUUUAGUUACAUGAAAGCUGUUUCGGCUGUAUUUCAAGACAUUCAAAGUCUUGAAGAUAAUGUUUGGAAUGGGUUCUAUGUUUGCUUCAUUUUUCCUGCCUGUUGUGCAUCUGCCGGCCUAAUAUCAAAUUUAAUAUUGUUUAGCCUGACAACAUGUAUUAAUUGCACCCACUAGGCAGGAACUUACUUAUGUUAAUAGACACUGUUUGAUACUUCGAUGUUAGCUUAACAUAAGGGAAUUAAUUUUGCUUGCUGCAAAUCUCUACAAUUAAACAACAAUACAGUAUUCAAUCAUAUAUGUUACUAUUAUGUUGUAAUUUUCUGCUGACUUAACUGUAGCAAAAUGUCAGUGUUCAGAUAAAAAAUAAAAGCAAAGUCCAGACUAUAAAAGUUGAAGCAUGUGAUGUUCUGACGUCACAGAGGAUCUACAAACCACGGGUGGUAUGACACAGAGAAGCUUGACUGUCUCUGGAAUGGCUGCGUUAUGUUGUCGUCUUGAAGGAGAUAUGUUAAUGCUGAACAAAAACCCUUGACAUAAAGUGAUAGGAUGUGCUUAGCUGUAAGUUCUUUGGUUAGGGAAGAGUGUGUAUCCCAGUCACCUAGUUCGCUGUUCAUUGCAGAGAAGUGAGCAGUUCCGUCUACAUCUGGUUAUUGCAGCCGGCCAGUGACCACACGCCAGGAUGGGGGACCUCGUGCUGGGAGUGGACAUAGGCACCACGUCGGUGAAGGUGUGUCUGGUGGACAGCGUGUCGCGCCAGGUGACGCACAAGCAGGCCAAGGACACGCAGGCGAACGUGCCGAGCGACCAGGGCUCUGAGGGCAACAAGCAGGACGUCCCCAAGAUCGUCUCCGCCCUCAACAGCUGCAUCUCGCGGUGCCCCAAGGACCAGCUGAAGAGGGUGGCGCGAGUGGGGAUCUGCGGACAGAUGCACGGCGUGCUGCUGUGGUCGGAGCGGGCCUGGGAGCACACCAGCGCACGGCCGGAGGUGCACAGGGAGGGCGUGUCGGCCCUCUACACGUGGCAGGACACACGCUGCUCGCCUGCCUUCCUGUCGAGCCUGCCCCCGGCGCAGUCCCACCUGCCGGCGUACUCGGGCUACGGCUGCCCCACUCUCUUCUGGAUGGCACGCCACAAGCCCGAGAAGCUGGAGCAGUUCUGCCACGCGGGCACGGUGCAGGACUUCGUGGUGGCAAUGCUGUGCGACCUCGACCGGCCAGUGAUGUCCGUCCAGAACGCUGCCAGCUGGGGUUACUUCGACACGCGGUCUGGGGCGUGGAACACGGACGUCCUGGAGGAGGCCGGCUUCCCCGUGCGCCUGCUGCCCCGCGUCGUCAAGCCAGACGCCAUCGCCGGCAAGCUCGCAGAGUCCUGGUACGGCAUCCAGGCGGGCACGCCCGUCGGGGCAGCACUGGGGGACCUUCAGUGCAGCGUGUACCCCAACAUCGGGCCGGCCGUUGCCGUGCUCAACAUAUCGACCUCCGCCCAGCUGGCCUUCGUCACUCCAGACUGUCCUGUCUCCUCUCCAGAGACCGGCAACGUUGAAUACUUCCCUUACUUCAGAGACAGCUACCUAGCCGUGGGCGCAUCGCUGAACGGAGGCAACGCACUCGCCACUUUCGUGCGCACUCUACAGCAGUGGACCCAUGAGUUGGGGUUCAACGUUCCACAAGCCAAAGUGUGGGAGUGCGUGAUGGCGCUGGCGGAGAAUGAUGCAGCGGUGUCGACCUUGAGAGUGGUCCCUACGCUCCUUGGGGAGCGCCACAGCCCGGAGCAGAACGCCACUGUGAGCAACAUCGACCCCGGCAACCUGGGGCUGGGGCAGGUGUUCCGGGCGCUGUGCCGCGGGCUCAUUCAGAACCUCCACAGGUACACCCGCUUCGUCUGUGGUCUUCACAGCUUCCUUUUGUGGACUCAUCCGAGACAUCGCAAUGGUGUCGGAACCACUACAGAUUUACGAGAAGCAUCUGAUGCAACGUUUGUGUUUUCUUCCACUCUUCUCGUUUCACUACUUAUCCCUUGUCUUGCGGUUUCCUCUAGUUCCUUCAGAUACAGGAUAAUAAUUUGCUGGUGCAAAUGCACUGAUUUUUCAUAAUUUUAAGACAAACCUUUUUUGUGAGUGUUUGUUCUUUGCCAUGCUAUCAAUUACAUUUCCCAUUUUUAUAAUUUCUCGAUUGUAAGUCCAUCUUUAAACGAUACAAUGUAUUUUGGAUAGGGAUGGGCCGGUCGAAUCCUCGAAUCCUCGAAUCCCACCGAAUCUCUAGUAUUCGAAAGAUUCGAAAUUCGAGGGAAAAGAUUCGGGAUUCGAGGAAAAAUGUUGAUGUAAAUUUAGUACUUUAAAAACUUAAAUGCUUACAAUUAACUUGGCCUGUUUACGUUUUCCUUGGAACACAUCCUAUUGAGGUACAGUAGAACCUCGUUAAUACGUGAUGGUCAGGACCGAGAUAAUCACGGAUUACCAAAUUUCACGGACUAGCGAUUAAAAGCCCGGAAGGUCUUGUCAAGUUUCUCAGACACCGGUGUGCAGCUGGGUUAAGGCCGUUAACGGUAAGGGCCGGCCGUCUUCGAAUUAGUGUCUCGGCUUAAAAAAAUACAGCACUGCCUAGCCAUUAGUUCACGGUCAUUUAAAACAGCCGAAGAGAUAAAGAUAAGAUCGUGCUGACUUUGCACCCUCCCCCCUCCACCCUCCCCCUCGUACAGCUGAAUGCCAGCCAGACAUGUCACUCGCCAGGCGCCUGCAGUGCGUUGGCGGGUGGAAACAAACAAAGGGAGACGGGAAGCAGAAGUCAGGACAUCCCCCUCAAGUUUAAAGAGUGACAAAUGUGACAGCUGAAAGGGGGGCGACACAAAGGGUCGGUACAAACAGCCUUGCCGAGUUUGGCGGCCCACGCGAUGGCUUGUAGUGUUUGCCGGCCGCUGGCCCGCGUGACGUUAAUUUUAAGCGCUGACAAUUUUUACUUAUUUUUUUUCUUCUCUUUUAAAUCGUCCCGGAUUAUCCUAUCCCCGAAUUAGCGCAUCACGGAUUAACGAGGUUCUACUGUAUUGUACUUUUAAUUCGUUAUUAUAUAAAAAAAUUAUGAAGCAUGUACUGAUUUGGGAAACUUACUUUAUAUUCAUGAACAUGGAUGCAUUGUCGCUACAUUGGCAUUAAAUAAGGCAUAAAUCACAUAUGUAUUCUCAGAAUAUGCUAAAAAAUAAAAUAAAGCACAUUUAGGAUCUAGACUAAA